AUGAAUGGAGCUUUGCUGGAGACGACCGCAGGUUACUUGGAUUCGGACCUGAGUGAUUUUGAGCUUGCAGCAGCCAGCGACAAUAGCGGAGCCUAUUUCUACAAGUUGAACACCGGAGUCCAAAGGAACCCAAACUUUUAUAGAAACAGCCAGAUUUCCAAUGCAGGUUAUGCAAAGAACGGGUACGAUACGUCCCCUAGAUUUGGAAGGGAAGGGGUGGACAUUGAGCGUUUUAUGACUUUGCAAAAGAAUGGAAAGAUGUUUGGUGUCGCUCAAAAGGAGGUUUAUGAUGGGUCACAUAACAAGGAUAACUUUUCACAUGUGAACAACGGCGGACUCUCGAGCAUAUACAGGAAGAUUUACAACGAGACAUCCAAAGGUUCCGAUACAGAGGUUUCUGUGGAAAACAUCAGCUAUAACCAAGACGAGUAUGAGGAUAGAAGAAUGACAUUUACAGAGAACAUGACAACUACAAAUGCGUAUAGUGAACCUAAAAAUGGAUUCAAAUGGUGGUGUGAUGAGCAGAAUGUAGAUUAUUCUGAACUGACUAGUGACUCUACACCCGCAGGAUGUGAGAUCCCCAAUGUAAAAUUGUAUGAUGGAAUAGAAAAUGUAAUCGGCACAAAAGACUCUGGCCGUUCUCUGGAGAGAACUAACAGCGGUCCGCUUUCUACAAACGAUUCAUUCUCCAUGCAACUUAGCAUGGAGACACAGUAUGGUGAAUUUAAUCAGGAACAGGUCCCUAUUGAAGUUGCAAGUUCUGUGGACACUUGUAGUGAAUCCAAAGAGAGUAUUUUGAACAGAUGCUCUAGCGUAGAUAUUGGCAAGGACCCAAAUUGGAAGAGUUUCAUAAAGCCUGGAAACGAAGUAGAUGAACUUAAAGCUCUUAUACUCUCUAGGCUCGGAGUAAAGAAGUUGACAAACAAGAGAAGUUCCAGGGAUAGGCCUUCUUUACAUGGUGUAGAAACUUUUGAUGCCUCUACAAACACUUUGGAAACAAACCUUACAUUUAAUGCCCUUGAGCAGGAGAUAACUUGGUUAAGAGGUUUGAAUUCUAGUUUGAAGGAUAAGCUUUUGUAUGUUUUGAAGAAUAACGGAAGACUGCAGUAUGAUGUGAACCAGCGGUAUGUAGAAUCGGUACAAAAGCACCUUAUGCGAGUACAUGAACAUAUUGAUAAGUUGGUCAUGCAGAAUGGUGAAGGCUCAAACUCACCAAAACACGGGGGUGCUGAUAUGAGAAACAACAAUAGUACUGAGGAGACGAAUAACAUUCUACAAGAGCAUACACAAGAGACAAACGAGGUGCCCCAAGAGGUGGCUGAUGGAUCACAAAAUGGCUCAGACCCAUCAACACCUGCGGAAUCUGCAAGGAGCACUGAUAAGGAAAAUAUACUCGCGGAAAAUGCCAAGAUAAAGGAGCAGAAUGAGGAGUUGAGAAGAAGACUCGAGGAACUGGGACGCAAAUACCAAGAGUCUGUAAAGAGGGAGAAAUCAUUGGCUGAUCGUUUGAUGAAGGCGGAAGUAUCAAAGAAUGCUCUUCAGGAGGAAUUUAACAAAUCUGUUGCAUACUUGAGAUCAACAAAGGAAAAGCUCAAGAACUUGGCCGACUCUAAAAGGAGACACAGUGCCAAAAAUUCUCCAACAAGUACAUCAAACGUACCAAUGGACUCUGCUACAAAUACUCUAGAGGACCCUGUGGAACAGCCACAACCGUACAUUCCACCAACGGUGAAUCGCCCAGUUUAUAAUCCUCAGUUUGGACAACGUAUCCACAGUGUUCCUCCAAAGAGCAUGCCUCCCAUGAGAUCCAAUACAGCAGUGCCUAGGGUUAAAUUUGCGGAUGAGUCUGACAUUUACUUUUUGCCUCAGCGAUCUGCAUCAGAGUGUGGACCAAUAAUUGUCAAGCCGGAGAAAAAGUCUAGGUUUUCUGGUUUCUUUAGCAUGGUAGAUGGACUAUUCAACAGGCAAGAAAAAAACUUUACCCCCAACGAGCAAAUUGCCAUGUACAAGGCUCAUUUGAUGAGCAGAGGUGUAGCAUAA